GGUUGUUUCAGUCACUUCGAAUCUCGCAGCAAUGCUACAAGAACUGCAUUAACCGCCCGAAGCAAUGACAGGCAUGGGAUUCUGGAUAGAUGGUUUAUGCAUUAACCAGGACGAUGUGCUUGAAAAGAAACAUCAAGUAAACCUUAGGAUGAGGGUAUAUUCACAAGCCAUGAGCACCGUCGCCUGGCUUGGUGCACCGACUGGCAGUAGCGCUACAUCUAUCAACAUACUCCGCAAUGUAUUUGGGCAGUGCAGUGUGUCGUACAUCGAUGGCAGCAAGGAUCAUUGAACAUUUCAGGAAUGGGCCCCAAUCAUUGACCUCUGGUUGCGACAAUACUUCAGGAGAAUGUGGAUCAUUCAAGAGCUAGCCCCUGAACAUGAACAUGACAUUGUUCAUUGAAGCGGACUGUCAGACAAUUGCUUGACGUCGAGGAAAGCGUUGCCAUGAAAGGCUGGAC